ACAGGGUUGCACUUUGGACGAUGUUUCGGGCUUUAUUGGCCAGCAGUCGUCAGCGGCACCCGUGGGCAACCUGCCACUCCCCAGUCGACCGUCGCAAUCGCAUUGCGACUCGGAUCCUUCCAAACCAGGUGCCGUCCUUCCUUCGCUCUCCUCUUACCUGCAGCCUACGUCCCUCAGACGAUUUCGUGAUCCUGCCCGGCUGACGUGCGAGUAAAGGUCUUGCUCGCACGACCCUUCUUACCCUUUUACUCUUGGACGGCUUACUUCCACGCCCAAUGCGCUAAACUGCGUUUUCUCUCAGCUCCUACUCCCCAAUUGCGGGAUAGACGCGCUGCCUCCAAUGGCGGACAAUGACAACGAUGGCGAAGCGCCUCAGAUGCGCAGAGAGCAUCCUACCGAUAAGAUAGGGCCUAAGCUCAUCAAAGGGACAGACAAACUACAACAGCAAUUUCAAGGGCAUGGCGGUGGUAAAGACAAAUCCGAUGACCAGAAACAGCCAGCAGGAGGUUUCGACGACACUCCAUUGCCCAGGCUACCGCCAGGAUACACGCUCAAAUUCACAUUCCACAAAGCAGAGAACCUCCCUUUCGCAGACUUCAAUACGCUAUCAUCAGACCCCUAUAUCCUUGCCGUCCUCAAGAGUGAUGUCCCCAAGAGGCAUAAACAGGAUCCAGAUCUCAAAUGGAGGACCCCUACUAUACACAAGAACACCAACCCUGAAUGGAACGCUGAGUGGAUAGUCACAAACGUACCUAAAUCUGGCUUCGACUUGAAGUGUCGACUGUACGACGAAGAUCCCAGCGACUAUGACGAUCGGCUAGGAAAUGCCCAUAUUACAGUCAACCACAUCGAUGACAACUGGGAAGGAAUCUCCGAAGGCAGAUAUGUAUUGAAAAAGCGCAUGGCCAGCAAAAGAGCGUACACAAUCAGAGGCUGUGCGGCCCUGUUCAACAGGAACCUCAAGAUGAACGGGCACAUCAUAGUCAGUGUUGAGAAUCUGGGAAGAACAAAAGACGAAAAUGGCGGGCGUAUGUACACCAUUGGACCUUUGCAGUGGACUCGCCACUUUUCACCCCUAAUUGGUCGACUUGCCGGUACAAAAGAUACAGAAGCCGGCACGAAUGGAAAAGAAACGGAAAAGUACAAUUUCCAAGCAGUUCAGAUCCAACUCCGUGGUCCGGUGCCCGCUGACCUAUAUCAUCGCUAUGUCGAGUUCAAGCCCUUUGUGGCUGGUAUGUUCACAUCUCACUCGCUCCGCGGUCGUCUGCUCAAUCGGGCUUUGCAUCACCAGCACGCUCGCAUAUACAACUACGACAAGAGUACGAAAUAUGGCUCCUUCGAUGAACCAAGCAUCAAGCUAACGAAAGUGUUUCUUGACCUUGUUCACUACGACGAAGGUGGCCGCAUCUUCACUUACGUGCUGACCCUGGAUGGCCAGCUGAGGUUUACCGAAACCGGCAAGGAGUUUGGCAUCGACAUGCUCAGCAAGCACACCAUGCACAGUGACGUGAACAUUUACAUUGCAUGUAGCGGUGAAUUCUUUAUCAGACGAAUCAAGCAUGCUCGCGAGCAUCAGAAAGACAAGAGCGUUGAUCCUGAUCAAGGCACUCACGAGCCAGCACCUGAGCCGGAGGAGGAGCAGGAAGAAUCAGAUAUGAUUGAAACCAAUGGCAAAGGACACUCCGAAACUGGCACUGGUCAAACCAAAGAUCCCUCGCACUACGAGCUGAUCAUCGACAACGACAGCGGCACGUAUCGACCGAACGCGAAGAAAUUGCCCAUGCUGCGCGACUUUCUCAACAUGAAUCUACCGGGGAUGAAGGUCGUGACGCUCGACUGCCAAGGCGAUGAAGAGAAGAUGAAGAAGCUGAAGAAUGAGCAACGCGAGCGCAAGAAGAAGACCGACAAACAGGUCAUGUACAUGCAAAACAAAAGCGACAGUUCACUCAGCUCCAGCGACGCGGAAUACCUGGACGCUCGGGCCAGGGGGACCGAUGCUGACGAGAGCAAGGCCAAGCGUCACAUGCACAAAAUGAUGGAUGGAGGGACCGAUCAGCAUCAUAAUAAAUCCGCCGACGCUGAAGCGGCUGGUUCUGCGGAGAACGAGAAGCAGCAGUGAGUAGGGAGUACUCCGUGUGCUGCGUUGCUACAGUGGUUUUCUUUGAUUUGUUGUCAGCGUGCUGCGCUCGUUCAGCUUGUGUGCGUGGAAAAAUCCACGAGCAGUGCGAUGUUAUAAUCAUGGUGUUGCGGCGACAAGAUUUUCUUCGCCUCAUUGCGUCGAGCAGGCUCGGCGUAAAACCACCUACUGGAGUCCUCUCUAUGGACUUUUGUUCUGUUCUUCUCAAUACCCUGGCCGUCCUUGAACUGCCUUUCGUCGUACAGUAUGGCCUAUAAUGUUUAAAUGCAAAUUGCUCGUUGGGUA